UUUUGUAUUUGCCGGUUGUUUGGAUCGCAGGUCGAAUCGGAAGGCUCCGCGUAUUGGUUUCGUUCAGCGCAAGUUGCUUCGCCGCGAGUGCGCCAAAAAAAUUGCAAAAAUUCCUAGAUUUGUGUGUGGGGUGGUGGACCCAAGCCUCAAGUGAAGCCCAGUCAUGAUGCCGCUGCCGGAGUCGCAGUCCUCCAACUGGCAGCUGGAGGACUACGCGUUCUUCCGUAAAUGCGGGGAAAUCACCGCCUCGCCGGACGUCCAGAGCUUCGGCUUCAACUGCGCCUUCUGUCCGGCGAUCUGCCUGCAGUUCUCCGUGUUCAUGGACCACAUCCGGGUGCAGCACACCCAGGACAUGAGGCGGCGCUACGAGUCCGGCGAGGAGAGGAGCCAGCAGCAGACCCAAACCGAUCUGGUGAUCAUGGAGCUCGACUGUCCGGAGAUGUAUCCGUUGCAGGAGGGCCACAAGAAAUCUGGCAGCUGGGAGGCGGCCACGGCGGCGACGGACUUGGACAUCCAGCUGAUGAGCCUCGUGCCACCGACUCCCGCACUGCAUAUAGCGCCAUGCCAAACACCCGAAAUAGACUUGGUCUAUGUGGUGGAAAAUCCAUUGCCACCCUCGCCUCCACCCUCCGCUGACAUUUCGGUGGACGAACUGCCGGGCCACUGUCUGCAGUCCUUCGACUUGGAUCCCUUCUCCAUAAUGCACGAGGUGGUUACGCUGACUCCGCCCACGCCCACCGUCCCACCACCAGCGGUACCAACUUCACUGCCCCGGUACGAGACACGACGCGUGGCAAUGCAGCGCAAGCUUCGUCAGGCGGAAAACGAGAAUGCAAAAGAUUUGGAGGAGGAUGAGGAGGUUGAUAUGGUGGAUAUGCUAGAUAUACUGGAUGUGGAGGUGGAAGAGGAGCAGACCAGCGAGCAAUUGGAUAAGAACGUGCUGGAACUGACGCCGCCUGCCACGCCCCCCACCCCAGUACCGCCCACAUCGCCGACGAGCAGCACUGCGAGUUGCGUGGAUUUCCAAUCGAAAACUCGACGUGAGCUGGAGCGCAAUCGUGAAUUCGUUGGCUCUUUGCUGGCGGAAUAUGAGCGGGCGGAGAAGUUGUGGAACCCCCGUCAUCCGGACUACAAGUACAAUGCCAAGCGGAGUGUCUACGGCGAGCUGGCUGCUCCGCUGGAGGGCGUCUGCCACAAAAGGCUUUCCGGGGCGGAGAUAUUCGCAGUGCUGAAGGAGCUCAAGGGCAGAUACCGUCGCGAACUGAGCAAACUGAAUGCUUUGGGCGGAAAGUACAAGUCGCGGCUGUGGUACUUCGACAGGAUGCACUUCCUCAGGGGCGUCAUUGAAAACCGGCGAGCCGAACGGGAGGCCAAGAUCUCCAAUGAGGGCACUGAAAGCGAAAAGUCCUGCGAAACGGAUGCAGAAUCCUGCAGCAAAUCAGCAUUGUACCGCGAGGUGCUCAGCUUCAUUCUGGAUGCAUUCAAGCGGCUGGAGUGCCUGUGGAAUCCGCAGCACUAUGACUUUAGCAGCUGCUGCAAGAAGGAUCUGUACCGCGAGAUAUCCGUCCAGUUGCAGGAGGAGCUCAACUACGAGCUGAGCGGCGAGGAGUGCUACAAGGAGAUCCAGAAGCUGAGAACCCGCUACCGCAAGGAGCUGCGCAUGGUGAUCAAGCACAAGGGUCUGUACCUGCCCAAGUUGUGGUGCUACGAUGACAUGGAGUUCCUGCAGCCCAUACUGCAGGAGCAGAUCUUCAACAAGAUCAGCAAGAAGGUCGGCGUGGUGGAGACGAACCAGAAGACCAAGUUCAUUGAUGCCAGCUGCAUACAGUUUUCCACCUGCGAGGAUCAGUUGCAGUUUGUGGAGAUCUAUCGCAACUACUCGGCCUUGUGGGAUGUGGACCAUCCGGACUUCAGGUCGAAUGCUUACCGUGGUCAGGCCUUGGGUCAAAUGCUGGACGAGUUGAACACCACCUUUCGCACAGCACACUCGUUGGAGCAGUUGGAGAAGACCUUGUUCGAACUGCGCAAGGACUUCUCGGCGCAGAAACGUAAGAUACUCACUGAAUCUAUGGACUCGAGCAGUGUGCCCCUGCUGCAUGCCAAGUUGGCCGAGUUCCUCAACCAAAACCUCGGUCCCUUCCGCUGCGACAUAUGCUCGGAGCUCGUCAAGACCUGCGACCAGUAUAAGAUGCACCGAUCCGGACACGAUGGCACCCAGCCCUUCAUCUGCACACUGUGCGGUAAGGGCUUUCAGAUGCCCUGCAACCUGACGGUGCAUAUCAGGCGGCAUCGGAGGGACUUCCCGUAUGCCUGCGAGCAGUGCGACAAGCGAUUCGCCACCUCCACGGAGGUGGCCAUCCACCUGCGCACCCACACCGGCGAACGGCCAUACAUCUGCGACCUGUGCGGUAAGAGUUUCAAGACCUGGUCCUUCUUCGACAUCCACCGGCGACGGCAUCUCAAUCAGUCGACAUUCCAUUGUCCCAUCUGUGCGAAGGGAUUCUACGAGAAGAAUCGCUUCACGGACCACAUGAACUCGCACUGGGCGAUCCGUAAGCAUCUGUGCACGGUGUGCGGCAAGACUUUCACCACCUACGGCAACCUCAAGAAGCACACGGAACUGCAUCUGGCGGUGAAGAAGUACAAGUGCAGCACGUGCGGCAAGCGUUUCGCUCAGUUCGCCAGCCUGCGAUGGCACAAGAAGCGGGAGCACAGCUCCGAUGGCCAAACGGAAUAGAACCUGUCUCCUCGGCACUUCACAAUAUUUGCAGGGCAAUCGUAAGGAGUUAGUUGUGUGCCCCUGUACUUACAGAUAGUGUGUACCUAUCAUAUCGUUAAUCUAGCACUAAGUAAUGUACAAUAUUUAUUUGCUGUUCAAGAGCGUCUGAUAAAUGGCCACAAGUGUGUUGCUUUUCAAGUUCUGUAAGCUUUAUCAGACGAUUAGCCACGCUUGUAACUGGUUUACGAGUCGCAGAACCCAAAGUCAUUGAAAGUGAAACCAAAAAUAUACAUACAUAUGCAUUAAGCAAAGUCAUUUGGUCAGUUUGGAAUGUUAAUAAAUUUUAUAGAAUAGAAAUUUGAGAAUAUUAAAAAAAAACUUCAACUGGUUAUAGCCAGUUGGAUCAAGUA